AUCCACAUUCAUUGUUUAUGAAGUGACUGCAUCACGAUAUUCACAUCGCAUAAACUCCUCCCAACCCAAGUUACUAAACUCAGCAGUUACUAUCUUAUCUUUCAUUCACUCAUUCUCUAAGAAAAAUGUCUUCUACAUCAUUCUCUUGCACCGUCCACCUUUACGAGUCCCCGACGUCUCAUGCCAGCGCCUACGAGAUCGGUCCAUCUGCAGCUUCGAACGCCAUACUUUUCAUAGGAGGCCUCGGUGAUGGCCCACAUACCGUCUUGUAUACCCAAUCUCUUGCUAGGCAUCUGAAGAGCACGGGACAGGACUGGUCCGUUUUUGAAAUCCGGAUGAGAAGCUCAUUUUCGGGCUACGGAUACUCGAGUCUGAAGAACGAUGUCGAGGAUAUAGCGGCUCUCGUAAGAUAUCUACGAGGCAUUGGCAAGAAGAAGAUUGUUCUCAUGGGUCACUCAACCGGAUGCCAAGACUGCGCGGAGUAUACCAAGCACAAGGAGGACCCUGUUGAUGGCUUUAUUCUCCAAGGUCCUGUUUCCGAUCGAGAGAGCAUCGCUGACUCUGUCGAUCCUGAUUGGCUGAAGAAGAGCCUGGAAUACGCAGAGAAGUUGAUCGACGAGGGGAAAGAGUGGGAGGCGAUGCCCAGAGAUCAGUUACCAUCUUUCUUCCAGACACCCAUGACGGCAUACCGCUGGCACUCCCUGGCAGCCAAAGGCGGAGAUGAUGACUAUUUCUCAUCUGACCUCGACGAGUCGUUUGUAUCUGAGGUCUGGAACAGGUUCCAGCAGCCCGUCAUGGCUUUACAAUCCGCCGAGGACGAGUUCGUCCCAGACAAGAUCGACAAGCAAGCUCUUGUAGACUCGUGGAAGAAGAUCAGCCCCAAAGUCCAUGAGUUGUCUGGCCUGAUCCCCGGGGCAAGCCACACGGUGAAAAAGCCGGAAUCCCAGCAGUGGUUGGCUGAGCGGGUGGUUCAGUUCCUCAAUCAGGUAUGAAAAUUGGUGGUGCAUGUCUGCUCACGACAAGUAAGAGUGCGUAGCUGGUCCACGACAGGCAGCCGGGAGUGACCAACCACAGUCAGGAUGCAUAUUGAAAGCGGCCGCCGAGUAAAUAGUUAUACAUGCUCUCUGAGAAUGAUAGGGAAUGAUUACC